GACUCCAAGAUGGCAGUGUUUGUGUAGGCUCAGCUGUUUCGAGCCCUAAUAGCAGUCGUCAGAGAUAAGUGCACAUAUUGUCAGAGUGCGAUCAUGGCUGCUCUUCUGAAAUCAUGGCGAGAGGCCGCUACUCUGAUUCUUGUUUCAGCAAACAGAUGCCGCGGUCGUAUAACUUUUAAACCAGUGGGCUCAAGUCAGACGACCGCUGAACCAAAGGGAGAUAACUUUGAGACACUGAUGCUGAAAAGAAGCAGCAAGUCAACUUUUAUGCCUAAUCUCUAUGUCUUCCCGGGCGGAGUAGCAAGUGAUGCAGACUUUUCUAAAGAAUGGUACGACAUAUUAGGUCAAGCUGGCGAACUUUCAAGGUCCAACCUGUUCAAUUUUGUGAAGGGAAAUGGACCAGGGGCACCGAUGUUUAAUCGAAUUCGAGAUGCAGAAUUCACUACAAUACCCAGUGAAAUAGCUUUCAGGAUAUGUGCCAUACGAGAAACGUUUGAAGAAUCGGGCGUUCUGCUAGCGAGAAAUGUUUCCGACAUGAAGCAAACGACUGUGAUUAAUGUAGACUCUCCAACAUACGGCAAUGCAUUGAAAUCAGAUUCAAACAUUAAUACUUGGAGGAAGAGAGUUGAAGAAAACGCUUCAGAAUUCAUCACAAUGUGUCGUGAUAUGAAUAUUGUACCAGACGUGUGGUCACUGUAUGAGUGGUCAGACUGGCUGACACCAGCCCAGGAGAUCAUUCUUCAUCGUAAACCCAGAAGAUACGACACAGCCUUCUUUCUGUGUUGUGUGGACGAAAAACCAGAUGUGGCUGAGGACAAGGGAGAAACUGUCCAUAGUCAGUGGGGAUCUCCACUGAAUAUUUUGCUGGAAUUUGAAAGAGGAUGGGCAGGCAUAGCACCACCUCAGAUGUACGAACUGGCUCGUUUGCUGAACAUUGGCAGUAUGGAGGAAUUGGUUCACUUCUGCUGGUCACGGGAACGGUCAGGGAACAGAAUUGAACGAUGGCUUCCUGUCAGAUUUGAAUGUGCAGACGCAGUCCUGUACCUUAUGCCUGGUGAUGAGCUGUACCCAAAGGUGCCGGAUAUCUACGGAGAAGGGGAAAUACUGAAAAGCAGCUUGACGUUGGAGGAAUUAGAGCAGAAAUACCCUUUACAACACCGAACACGAUAUGAGGUUGACAGUGAGGGAAAGCGCAAGGGACGUGUCUCCUGCAAUAUUGAAAUGGCAGCAGGACAUGUAGCUCCAUAUGUGGACUUUGCCAAUCUUACAAUAGAAUCCACAGAAUCCAAACUGUGAAGUGGUUGGAUAAUGUUUAUCAUGUUUAUGGUGUGAAAGAUGUGAAGUAUAUUAUUAUGAUUAUCACUAUGUUAAUCAGUCAAAGUCAGUGAGUUGGGUGUUAUGCUGCUUUAAUAUUCCUGUAAUAUCACGUCAAGGGACACCAGAAAUGGGCUUCACACAUUGUAUCCAGAGGCCCAGAUAAGCUGCGGAUCCGGGUAAAAUACGCAUAGAAUUACGCAUU